AUGAUAAUCUAUUUCAAUAGUUUUUUUAAGAAAUUUGUUUAAAAUUAAAAGUAAAUAAGAUUUAUACUGCCUUAUUUCAUCAUUAAGUUUAUAUAAAUUAUUAAUACAAAAUAAAACAUGAAUAACUUUUAAAAUUUCUUCAAAAAGUAAAAAAAACUUAUUGCCAUUUUUAUAUUACUUUUAUUAAUAAAUGGCACUUUAGCUUAGCAUAGCAAUAAAAAAAGCUAGACUCAGAAUAAUAGUUCUGAGACGGCUUUAACUCAUUCUAAAGUAGACAAAGAUGCCUAUCUAGUAUUAACUAAUGAUGGCAAAUUAUAUAGCUAUAAUAUAAAGAAAAAGUUGUUAAAUUGGAUGACAGAUCUGAAAGUAGUUGUUAGCGAGCUCAAAUUCAAUAACGAAAAACAAUAGUAGGAUAAUUAUGGAAUGGAAGAUCAGCACUCUACUGAACUCUCUAUUGCAGGAAAUUAGGAAUCUAACUUUGAGAGAUACGACUAUUUUUUGCCCUCUUCUGAUGGAAAUUUUAUCUUUUUAGCAUCAGAUUCUACUCCAAUAAAAAUUAUGCGAGAUGAAAUAGACCAAGUUAUUAAAAUAUGUCCAAUGAGUGGAAACGAGUCAAAAUAUAUUGCAUUUACCAAAGAAAAGAUUCUUUUAGUCAAUCCUGAAAAUGGGGAAUUAGAGAAAUUUGAAGAUAUUGAAGAUGAUUAUGAAAACUAUUUAAAUCAUUAUAUUAUCAAUAUCAACUAGAAACUUAUUAAGCAACUUAAUAUUUUUACCAAAAGAGAAAAUUGGGCUUUAACCAGCACAGAUGUUAAUUUGAUGAUUUAUGAAGACUUUUUAUACAAAGGAUUAUAAAAAAAUCAGCUUACUGAAAAUGAGGAUUAUAUUUUUAUGUAAGAUUAGCAUUAAGAUUUGAAAAUUAAGCAAAAGCAAUCAAAGAUUAAAAUAGUUGAUUUCUAAACAGAUUAGGAAAUUAUUGCUAUUUUUUCUGCAGUUGGAUUUACAAACAUGUUUUAAAAGAAUGUCAUAGUGCAUAAUCCUCUUAUCAAUACGUUCAUAUCUUCAGAAUAUGAUAACACAUAGAUUUAAAUAGGUGGAGAGAAAGGCAUAGUUUCGUUUAAUGAAGGGAGCAACUUUUAGCUAAUACCAUUGUAGAUUUCUACAAAGCUAAAGAAUUAGUGUUUAGAAAAUAAGUAAUGCAGAGAAAGAUUGAUUUUUAGUGUUGAUAAAUUUGAUGAUAAAAAUUAUAUCAGAGAUGUUAUGACUUGCAUAGAUAACCUCAGAAAGGGGAGAAUGAUGAUUGAAGUUAUAUCUGAUAGUAAGGAUAUCUAGAAUGCCAGCAAUAUUCCUAGUUAAGCAUUCAAUUUUGCUAAGGAUAAUAAAAUUACAAUAUUCUUGCUGACAUUCUUAAUUAUCUUGGUUAUUAUUCUGAUUUUAAAAGAUGAAAGAAUUACUUCUAUGUAUAAAAGAAAUAGUGGUCGUUCUGGAGGUAAAUCUUCCAGUUAAAAAUAAAACUCCCAAGAAGAAGCUGAUAAAGUCUUAGAAAAAAUUAGCAAAGAGCAAGAAGAAGAAAUUAAAAAACAAAAUGAGCAAAAUAAUAAAUAAGAAAAAAAGAACCAAGAGAGUAGCGAAUAAAAUGCAAAUAAAUUUAAAGGGCUUUAAAUUAAUAGAAAUAAAGUUUUAGGGUAUGGGGCUUAAGGGACAGUUAUUUUUGAAGGAACAUUUUAAGGAAGAGAAAUUGCAGUCAAAUAGUUACUUAAAGAUAAUAAAGACUUAGCUAGCAAGGAAAUAUAAAUGUUGAUUAAGCUGCAACACAAAAAUAUAAUUAAGUACUACUAUUUUGAGGAAACAAAAGAUCACAUACUUCUUGGACUAGAAAAGUGUGUUGGAAGCAUUAGCGAUUUAAUAGAUUAUGCAAAUAGAAAAAACAAGAAGAAAAGUGAGUAGGAUUUGAAAGCUUUAUAUAAUAUAAAAACGGAUUUUUUCAUUAAGUCAACUAUGAAAAAUACAUUUAAAGACUGCUUAGAAGGAUUGAGUUAUUUGCAUAGCUAAGGUGUUAUUCAUAGAGAUAUAAAGCCAGAAAAUAUUUUAAUUCACUACAACAAAGAAAUUAAAUUAGCUGAUUUUGGACUUUCAAAGAAUAUUUCUAAAACGAAUGUCAUAUUCACGAAUGAUAUCGGCACAUGGGGAUGGAGACCACUAGAAUAAAUAGAUAAUUAACCACUUACAUAUAAUACAGAUGUUUUCUCUCUUGGCUGUGUAUUCUAUUACAUAUACACUUAAGGAGGUCAUCCUUUUGGAGAAUAGAAAGAAAGGGAAAGAAACAUAGCUAAUUUUAAGUACAGCUUGAGAAUGGAAGAUGAAACCUUGAAAGACCUUAUCCAAAAAAUGAUUCAUAAUGAUCAAAGUAAAAGACUGACUGUAAAAGAAUGCUUAAAGCAUCCAUAUUUCUGGAAUACCUUGUAAAAGUUCUCUUUUAUUUGCGAAUUUAGUGACUACAUAGAAACAUUUGAUACUGAAAAUAAAUAUUCAGACUUGAUUGAAUAAUAAGCAAAGUCUUUGAAUGUUUUAGAAGGAAAUAGAUGGGAUAAAAAUGUAGAUAAAAGUCUUAUUUAAGAUACUAAAGUGUUUAAAUUCUACAACUAUGGAUAGGUUAAAGAUCUUAUCAGAUUAAUAAGGAACAGAAAAAGUCAUUAUCACGAGCUUUCAGAGAGCUCUAAAGAUAUAGUAGGAGAUACUCUUGAUGAUAUGUUUAACUAUUUUGAUGAAAGAUUCCCUAAAUUAUUUAUUUUUAUGUAUUAUUUCUCACAAACUUAAAACUGGGAAUUACUAAGCUUUAAAAAUAACUGA